GAGACUGACGAAUGAUUUUCCUUCAUGUUCACGGGUCCAGGCGAAGAAAGCCGAUGAUGUGUAUGUUUUGAAGCUCAGCGACAACUGUUUACCCAAGUUGUAUUGUUUUUUGUCAUAGGUGGAUAUGCUAAAAAAAUAAUAGCAAGUUAACUUCGGAAAUGUAUGGUGUUGUUCAAUCGCUUAUGACGACAACUUGACCAGUUCACGAUGUUCUCCUCUCAGUCAGCCGCUUCCCUGAUGUCCUUGCUGGGGUACAGGUAGACGGGGUGUCGUGGAUAUAGAAUGGCGGAAUUAACCCCCUAUGGUCAUGGCGGCUGUGACGGCGUGGCGAUACACUAGCGACCGUCUCCUUGGAGGAUGGGGCCCGCUUCUGUGUGUCUUCCUGGGAUCCCUGGUGGCCCUGCUGACGCCAAUGGUUGGAGUGGAAGAGCAUUGCGUGGGCUCCUUGAAUGUCAUCGCACAGCUCCACUGCCAGCUGUGGGGAAGAUCCAAUGAUCCCCCAGAUGCGCAGUCCACCAGCCUCACUGUCCCCUUCACGGACCUCGGCUUGCUACCUCUCAGGCCUAAGCCCAGCAAAGAGAUGGUUCUUGAGGCCAGAGCAGCGCUGCAGCAGGCUCAGGAGAUGAAGAAACAGGGCAAGAGGGAGAAAGCCCACAAGCUGCUGGUGCAUGCACUUAGUCUGAAUCCAGAAUUCGUGGAUGCCCUGACGGAGCUGGGGACUAUUUUGGAGGAGAAGGAUGUGGUGCAGGCAGACCACUUGUACACCAAAGCUUUGGCCAUCUCACCUUGCAAUGAAAGGGCACUGAUAAGCCGUGACCGCACCCUCCCUUUGGUGGAGGAAAUAGACCAGCGUCACUUCGGCAUCAUUGACAGUAAGGUGCGCAGACUCAUGUCCAUUCCUAAAGGCAACUCUGCACUACGUAGAGUGAUGGAGGAAACGUAUUACCACCACAUUUACCACACAGUGGCCAUUGAAGGUAGCACGCUCACUUUAUCGGAGAUUCGUCACAUCAUUGAAACGCGCUACGCUGUCCCCGGCAAGAGCCUGCAGGAGCAGAAUGAGGCAAUCGGUGUGGACGCAGCAAUGAAGUACAUCAACACCACAUUGUUGUCCAGAACAGGCGCCAUCAGUGUCAGUGAUAUCCUGGAGAUCCACCGCCGAGUUCUGGGCUAUGUGGACCCUGUGGAAGGAGGACGGCUGCGCACUAACCAAGUUUUUGUAGGCCAUCACAUCCCGCCACACCCCCAGGACCUGCAGCGUCACAUGCAAGAGCUGGUUCUGUGGCUCAACUCAGACGAGGCCUUGCAGCUGCACCCUGUUGAGUACGCUGCUCUGGCUCAUUACAAGUUGGUAUACGUGCACCCAUUUGUGGACGGCAACGGACGCACAUCACGCCUCUUGAUGAACCUCGUCCUUAUGCAGGCGCGAUAUCCGCCCAUUACCAUUCGCAAAGAGCAAAGGGCCGAGUACUACGCUGCUCUAGACACGGCAAACGAGGGAGAUGUGCGUCCUUUCAUUCGCUUCAUUGCCAAAUGCACAGAGAUGACACUGGACACUUUGUUGAUCUCCACUACUGAGCACGCUGUGGGUUUGCCAGGGGCUGGGCAGGAAUAUGCAUGCCCAGACUGCAAACAAACCAUCCCAGUUCACAACUGAAUUAGUGAUGGGAGGGUAACUGGAAGCCUGCGUUUUUAUUUUAUAGAUCAUGUCCAGCCAUCAUCUGUAACCUGCUGAACAUGUUAUUAUAUUAAGUCUGAAUUUGCACACGGGGGGUGUUUAAUUUCACAAGUGGGAAGCUCUGGAGUAAAUGUCUCAUCAAGCUUCCAUGAUCUGGUAGUUUCAAAUCUUUUGAGAUGACUGUGAUUUUCAUAUUGCUGUAAAGCACUGUCAUCAUAUUUAUUUUAAUAAAAGUGUUAUAUUAACAUUCAGUAUGUCUCAAGAGAAUGUAUGAACUCACAAAUAAUUAAUACCACACUGGUUAAUUAAUGUUUUUAUUACUUUUGAUAGCUUUAGCAUAGAACUAAAGGAUCCUGAUGAUUUUCAUCCGUCACAGCACAAUAUGGAACUGUAAGGUGACAACAAAGCAUUUUUUGAUUCUUUAUGAACUUCAACCGGAACGACAAAAAUGUUUAUGCACAUUACAUUAGUAAAUGUAUCACUUGGUUUUCAUUUUAAUUAGGCCACUGCGGUGAGAAC